AUGCACAAAGUUGAACAGGAGGACUCUUUAUUCCAUGAUAGAGAUAAACACGAAUGUGAUACGUCUGCCUCAUCGCUUCCAGAGGAUGCGCCACUCGAUGUUGCCGGGAAUGACCAUGAAGAAUCAUCAGUAACGAAGGAAGAGCAUGAAGGUAUUCAAUUCGUGCUGUCAAAGCUUACCCCCGAUGAGAUUGAAACCGCAGCCCUCGCAUGCUACGAGUACGUGAAGCGCCCUGAAGUCGCAAAACGGGAGCAUUACGCGAAGAGAAUAAUACUGCGAUAUGUUAGGUCCAAGAAGACCGUCACAUCUGCCUUGAAUAAGUUGAAGGCGACCUUAUCAUUCCGGAAAAGAAUGGACAUUGUUGGAUUAGUCAAGUCCUUCGAUGACGGCCCAAGUGGUAAUUAUGCCACAAGUCUUCGGAAACAAAUGGAGAGCAAGAAAAUGUAUGUCCAAGGUUACGACAAAUCAGGGAGGUCAACCUUGUUCUUCAUUCCGCGUUUGACCCAAGGUCAUGACUCGGAAUGGACGUUGAAAGAGGCUGUAUACUCCAUUGAACGAGCUAUUGCAUGCUCAAAGUCUGAAGAUGGGCUAAUCAAUGCCGUGGUAGACUUUUCAGGGUUUGCUGUCACCAAACAUGCACCACCUCGGGACAUCGCAAAGCAGUUUCUUACUACACUACGGAAUCACUAUGCAGGACAAAUCCAUCGAAUUUUCCUACUUGAUACUCCAAUGUCGUUUUCAUUAUUUUGGAAAAUCUUCCAACCAUUCAUUGGAAGCAAAACGAAAGCAAAGAUUCAGUUCUUGUCUGGAAGGAAAAAGGCAAAACUGAGCGAGCUAUACGAAGAAGAUCAAGUUCCCUCGUGGAUGCUUGCAGAUGGGAAGAAGAAUCUUGAAUUGGAUCUAGACGAGUAUCUGCUGAAGACACCUUUUGACUGCGCUUUUAACGAAUAA